AUGGCGGACGAAAAAACUUCGGACGCGCCUGGCCGACAGGUCACCAGCAUUGAAGUGACGCGGGCUGCAGAUCCUGCCGCAACCGAACAGCGUCCCGGCUCCAACAAUGCGGCAGCAGAUGAUAUCAUCUACACGAAGGAAGCCCAUACCGAAAAGAGAGCGAUUCCGGAGUCUAGCUCGCUAGAUAGCACGGGGCAGAAGAAGAGCGACAAGGACGAGGAAGCUGGAGAAAGCUAUCCCCAACGGACUUUCUACCGUCGGUAUUCCAAGUACAUCAAGCAUGUGGUCUAUGCUGUCAUCUGGCUCUUGUUCACCGGAUGGUGGAUUGCAGGUCUUAUCCUCCAUCGACAUGACCUGGGUUGGCUGAUCCCCUUCUUGCUGUAUCUGGCCAUCACUCUGCGGAUAAUCUUCCUCUAUGUGCCCAUUUCGAUCAUCAUGAGGCCGACCAAAUGGGUCUGGAAUCAAACCGCCACUCGAUUUGUCGCCCUCAUUCCGGAAAAGCUUCGCAUCCCCGGUGCGGCUUUGCUGACCAUUUCGGUCAUCCUCAUCGGCGCGUUCGCUUCGGAAGAGACCGUGGACAACAGCAGAGAGAACCGCGCCGUCAGUCUUUUCGGACUGGUCGUGUUCCUGUUCGUACUCUGGGCGACCUCGAGAAACCGCAAGAAGAUCGUUUGGCACACCGUCAUCAUGGGUAUGCUGGUGCAGUUUAUCAUUGCGCUCUUCGUGUUGCGCACAAAGGCCGGAUAUGACAUCUUCAACUUCAUUUCCACACUGGCCCGAGAGCUCCUGGACUUUGCGGGAGAGGGCGUUGACUUCUUGGUCGAGACCGGAUUCUCGGCGAGUCAUACUUGGUUCCUGGUGACCGUCAUCCCUGCCAUCAUGUUCUUCGUGUCGCUUGUCCAGCUGCUCUAUUACACCGGCAUUCUCCAGUGGGCCGUCGGCAAGUUCGCCAUUUUCUUCUUCUGGUGCAUGCGCGUUUCGGGUGCCGAGGCCGUCGUUGCCGCUGCGUCUCCCUUCAUCGGACAAGGAGAAUCCGCCAUGCUGAUCAAGCCGUUCAUUCCGUAUUUGACCAUGGCCGAGAUCCACCAGGUCAUGUGCUCCGGAUACGCCACCAUUGCGGGAUCGGUGUUGGUGUCUUACAUCGGUAUGGGUGUCAACCCCCAGGCGCUGGUCUCAUCCUGUGUGAUGAGUAUCCCGGCAUCGCUGGCCGUCUCCAAGCUGCGCUGGCCCGAGGAGGAAGAGACCCUCACCGCGGGUCGUGUGGUCGUCCCGGAAGACGAGGAGAACAAAGCCGCCAACGCUCUUCACGCCUUCUCCAACGGUGCCUGGAUGGGUAUUAAGAUUGCUGGCAUGAUCUCCGCCACCCUGCUGUGUAUCAUCUCCUUCGUGGGCCUGAUUAACGGUCUGCUGACCUGGUGGGGUCGGUACCUGAACAUCAACGACCCCGAGUUGACCCUCGAACUCAUCCUCGGAUACAUCUGCUACCCGAUCGCCUUCCUCCUGGGUGUCUCCCGAGACGGAGACCUCCUGAAGGUCGGCAAGCUCCUCGGCAUGAAACUCGUCAUGAACGAAUUCAUCGCCUACGACGCCCUCCAAAACGGCGCCGAAUACCAGGACCUCUCCUCUCGGUCCAAGCUGAUCGUCACCUACGCGCUCUGCGGUUUCGCCAACAUCGGCUCCCUCGGAAACCAGAUCGGUGUGCUCGCGCAGCUCGCGCCCAGCCGAGCCGGCGACGUCUCUCGCGUCGCCGUCAGCGCCAUGCUCACGGGUGCCAUCAGCACCUUCACCAGUGCCUCGAUCGCCGGUCUCCUGAUCACGAACGAGGCGCAGUUCACGACGCCGACGACAUAA